AAAAAAAAAAAAAAAACCCCGAAACAUAAAAAAAGACGGCGCCAAGGUGAACAACAAGAACAGAAGAGAACUAGAAAUUUUGUUAAUCAAAAUCAGAAAAAUUUACAGAGGAAGAAUAAGAAAUUUGGAGACAGAGAGAUGCAAGGCGUAGUGUUAAACCCAACCUACACCCGGCCCCAACGAACCCCAGACUCUCCCUUCUGUUCUCGUCCUCACACCAAGACUUCAAGCUUCUUUGGCGCCCGAGUUUCUCUCGCGAGAUGGCGCAAUCCGGUACGGCGCAGCUCAUGUUGUCGAUUCCGGCUGAUUCGAACUCAAGAUGUCACGCGCAGGCGUGUUGUGAAGGCUGUGGCUACUCCGGAUUCAGCUAUUGAAUUGCCAUUAACAGCAGAGAAUAUUGAAAGUGUAUUGGAUGAAGUUCGACCAUACCUCAUUGCAGAUGGGGGAAAUGUGGCAUUACAUGAGAUUGAUGGCGAUGUUGUAAGGUUAAAGCUACAAGGAGCAUGUGGUUCGUGUCCAAGUUCUGUGACGACAAUGAAGUUGGGUAUUGAACGUCGCUUAAUGGAAAAGAUCCCUGAGAUAGUUGCAGUGGCAGCAGUAGCAGAUGAAGAAACUGGGCUUGAGCUGAACGAAGAGAACAUAGAGAAGGUGCUUGAAGAAAUCAGACCAUACCUUGUUGGGGCAGCAGGUGGAUCGCUUGAAUUAGUGGCAAUCGAUGAACCGAUAGUGAAAGUCCGAAUCACAGGUCCAGCAGCAGGUGUCAUGACUGUUCGAGUAGCAGUUACCCAGAAAUUGCGAGAGAAAAUCCCAGCCAUUGCAGCCGUUCAACUUCUGUGAUGUCUGAGCAAUUUCUUUUUAACAAGUACGUUUUCUCAAAUAAACAGUAUUGAUAGAGUUGUAAAACCUCUAUAAAUAGUUGAUUAAUACACAUUUGUGUACAGCUUGUUCAGUUAUUUGGAUGCCAAUAGAUGAUAUUUUGAAACCCAAAGUAGAGGAAUUAUAGUAAUCGAACAAGUAUUCUUAAGUUA